AUGGACAAAAUUAAACCCAUCGCCUCAGAGCCAAAGGACAAAUAUGUUUUUAAAAUUGAGGACUAUAAAGGGCUUGAUGGGAUUUUUAAAACAUUAAAAAAUAAGAUCAUCAUUGUGGAAGGGUCCAAAGUGGCUCUGGCAGGAAACUUAACUAAUGAAAUGUCUCAGACUGGAUUCAGUGCUGCCUAUUACAAGAACACUCUGAUCCCACCGAGCCCAGAACCAAAGAGCUGGCGUGGUUCUCUGAAGGAACCUGAUCUUCAACAUGAAAAACAGAUUUUGGAUCCAGAUAUGGAGAUGGAUUCCUACAUGGGAUUUUCUUUAUCCACUGGGGAGAGGAAUGGAGUUCCUCUGUAUUUCUCGGGCGCUCCCCGGUUUCAGCACACUGGACAAGUUGUAAUUUUCACUCGUACCGGAAGACACUGGACUGUACAGCAGAGACUAGAGGGGACCAAGGUCGGUUCCUAUUUUGGCGCGGAGAUCUGCACUGUCGAUAUUGAUUCAGAUGAUAGCACUGACUUCCUGUUGGUGGGAGCUCCAAUGUUUUACCAGCCUCUACAAAAGACAGAAGGCAAAGUCUAUGUCUACGCACUGACCAAUAAGAUGCAACUGGAAAUGAGGCUGAGCCUGACGGCUCCCUUUAUGGGGAGAUUUGGCACCACCAUAUCUAGCCUUGCUGAUCUGAAUGGAGAUGGACUCCGAGAUGUAGCAGUUGGCGCCCCUCUGGAGGACGAUAACCAUGGAGCUGUGUACAUUUAUCUCGGAGACAGAAAUAGUGGGAUGCGCCACACCUUCAGCCAGAGAAUCAGUGGAAAGAGUUUUCAACCUGCGAUGAAGUUGUUUGGUCUAGCCAUUGAUGGUGAUGGAGACCUUGGACAUGAUGGGCUUCCAGACAUUGUGGUUGGAUCACAGGAGGCUGCUGUUGUUUUAAGGUCUAAGCCAGUCUAUAACGUUGAGGCUCACCUGUCGUUCCAUCCUGAAGUGAUAAGUAUUGACGAAAUCGAUUGUGUAAGCAGCGAUCAUGAAGUUCUGCCCAUGGUUAACCUAACAACAUGCUUUAAUUUAAAGGAAGCAACAGGUAGAAGAACCAAACUCAUAAAUGGUACUAAUCUCACACUAGGAAUCCUGUACACGCUCAGUGUGGAUUUAAUGAGACAAACCCAUCGGGGAUUCUUCAAUCCAACUGAUAAGAAAACCAAGAGUCUUGACAUCCACUAUAACCUCACCACACAAGCGACGUGUUUCAAUCAUUCAGUCUUCAUGCCGAAAUGUGUCAAAGACACCUUAGCUCCUAUUCCCAUUAAGUUAAACUUUUCCCAGCCUGAUAAUGAGAACGCAAUUGCCGUCCUAAACACAGACAGUAAGAAGGAGGCCAUUUUUGAGAUUUCAUUUGAGAAACGAUGCAAAAGGAACAACACGUGCAUUGCUGAACUGGACGUAGAUUUCAACUUCAUGACGCCAAAGCUGUUGGUGUCUGAGCAGAGUUACUUCAACGUUUCCAUGCUACUGGUCAAUAAUGGGGACGACUCGUACAACACCAGCUUGACCGUGCUCCACUCUCCCGGCCUUUCCUUUUCCAGUAUAAGUGUUACAAAGGCCACAAGACAAACUCUAUACAAGUGCUAUGAUCUGAAGGAAGAGGGUGACGGAAUUCAGUGUGGCAUCAGCCAUCCCGUGUACCGCAGUGGUUCCUCAGCAACAUUCCACUUAUCUUUCCAUGUCAUUAAGGAUAUUGACUGGAAUGACACAAUGACUAUGACCGUAUUUGGACAAAGUGACAACACAAACUCCAGCAGGAUUGGUUCUGUGACCAAAACCAUAAAGGUACAAUAUGAAAUCAGGAUGGCAGUCACAGUGUAAGUUUUCCCUUUCUAAUCAAGUGUUUGAAUAUUUCAAUUAA